CUUGUCGAUAUGCUGUGCCAGCUGAAGGAGGAGGGCAUGAUUCUGAAGACACUCGGGAUGAACUAUACCUGCCCUGUUUCCCAGCUGGAGUUCCAACUUGUGUCGGUGCGCACAUGUACCAGCUGUGGGCGCGAGUCGUCUACCAGAGAGGACUACAACCACCUCUCAUUGGACUUCAGCCCUGAGCGCACCUUGCUGAGCAGCCUGGCACUCACUUUCAAAAGUGAAAAGGUUGAAUUCACAUGUGAGGGCUGUAAAGGCCUCCACGCCUCAAAGGUGGAGCAGUUCCACACACUGCCUCUUGUGCUGGUUCUGCAUCUGAAGAGGUUUGGAGGACCUGGGGGGUUGGAGAAGCUGGAGGCUCCUCUUUUGUUUCCUUCGGAGCUGAGGCUCUCCACCCUCUGUGGGGACAUGGUGCCACACCUGCACAGUGCCAGCCCACAGGCCCUCACCAGCCAGGCCCCCAGCAUCCAGGGGUCCAUCCCCCAGACCCUCGCCAGCCAAGUCUCCAGCCCACCUGGAGAGACCAAAGACAGCGCCCUCUUCUGUUCAGAAGCAGAAGCCAGUGCAGUCAGUGAAUGGUUACUACCAGCUGACUGGCGUCGUCUCUCAUUUGGGAGGCACCGCAACCUCCGGGCACUACAUUAGUGACAUAUUGCAUGCCAGUGGAAACUGGUUCUGCUGUAACGACAGCCAGGUGUCAAUGUCCAAUGAAGCCACUGUGCUGAGGACCAGAGCCCGGAGUGCCUACAUGCUCUUCUAUAUGUCCAGGUACUGCUUACUCUCACCAUCUAUAUUCUUGUGUUGCUAUUUAUGUGUACGGUUCCUUUCACCCUACAGGGCAAUAGAGCGGGAGGCCCCAGCACACAGGGCCUAACAGGGCCACCAGCAUCAGCCCCAGCCUAAACAGGGGCAGCACCUGGACCAGCCUCAAAACCCCCAGCCCAGCCUCAACAAAGGCAGCAUCUGGACCAUUUUCAACACCCCCAGACCAGCCUCAACAUGGGAAGAACCAGGCCCAGUCUCAACAUGGGCAGCACUGGGCCCAACAUCAACACACCCAGCCCAGCCUCAACAUGGGAAGAACCAGGCCCAGUCUCAACAUGGGCAGAACAAGACCCAGCCCCAACACCCCCAGACCAGCCUCAACAUGGGAAGAACCAGGCCCAGUCUCAACAUGGGCAGCACUGGGCCCAACAUCAACACACCCAGCCCAGCCUCAACAUGGGAAGAACCAGGCCCAGUCUCAACAUGGGCAGAACAAGACCCAGCCCCAACACCCUCAGACCUGCCUCAACAGGUGCAGCAUUCAGCCCAACUUCAAUCAUGCUGCUCUUCAACACGAGCAUGAACAUUCUUUCAGUAGCUUAUGUCAUCAAUACCUGCCCUUGUCUUGACUACUUCACCUAAUGUAUAAAGUAUACACACUAAAUGUAGUACACAUGUAGAUGUGGUGGACAGAGAGUGUGAUUAUUUAGAGGGUAUAACAUCCCUUCUAUUUGGUUUGGUUUGAAAUCCUCCUGUUGUGAAAUACACUGUGGUGUCUAACCUCUUAUUCAGCAUGGUCACACCGGAUGACCUGCAAUAUUAAUAAAGACAAGCAAAUGUAAGAAAAUCCCAUUUAAGAUGAUUCUGUUGACCGUUGUAACUCUUUAACUCAGGAAGAUUUAUGGUCUGGGAUUCAGGCCGGUCCUAACAGGAAACGUGACAAAGGGAAGCAGCUGUAAUGGAGCCUUCUAACACCCAAUCAGGUCUGGAGGAGGAAUGUCACAUAAAGAUUCAGAGGUGCUAUGAGUAUCUUUUGAAGUUACUCUCCAGUUGUAUUUGAAUAAAUGCAGACAUGAAAAUGCUGGGCUACGGAUGUGACCUUGGUUCUGUGAGUAGAGUAAUGGGUCACCAAACGACCUAUGGGAACUCCUUCCCUUUCUCGUGAUGUGAUUGAGAUGCUUAAUAUCAACGAUGUUUACAAUGACGCCACACCCUUACUGUACCA